CUCUCGGAGCUGCGCUGCGCGGAGCCCCCGUGUGUGUCCGCCAUAUUGGCGCCCGCGCCGCAGCGCCUUGUUCCUCCAUCUCCUGCCGGCGCGGCCGAGCGGAGCCCAGCCGGGGGAGGGGACGCCGGCGCCGCCGGGCGGGAAACGGGGCAAGGAGGCCGCGCGUUGCCGAGAGGUAGACGGAAACGAGUGGGGGCCCGCGUCCCUCCGCGCCCGCCCCCUGCGCCACCCGCCAUGGCGAGGAGGCCCGGCGGCCCCUGAGCGAAGAGCACACGCACACACAGACCGAGGCUAGCCCCCUCCCGGCCCGGCCGCCAUCAGCGGAGAGAAGCCGCCCGGCUCCCGCCUCCGCCGCGACAUGGAGGCCGUGAAAGCCUUUAACAGCGAGUUGUACUCGCUAAAUGAUUAUAAGCCACCCAUUUCUAAAGCUAAAAUGACACAGAUCACCAAGGCAGCAAUCAAGGCUAUAAAGUUCUACAAGCACGUUGUACAGAGUGUAGAGAAAUUCAUUCAAAAGUGCAAACCAGAAUACAAGGUACCUGGUCUGUAUGUCAUUGACUCCAUUGUGAGGCAGUCCCGGCAUCAGUUCGGACAAGAAAAGGAUGUGUUUGCUCCAAGAUUCAGCAAUAACAUCAUCAGCACUUUCCAGAAUUUGUACCGUUGUCCUGGGGAUGACAAGAGUAAAAUUGUUCGAGUGCUGAAUUUAUGGCAGAAGAAUAACGUGUUCAAGAGUGAAAUUAUUCAGCCUCUCUUGGAUAUGGCAGCAGGAAUUCCUCCUCCAGUUGUGACCCCUGUCUUGCCCAGCACUACAGCUGCUAUGAGCAACAAUACACCAGGAACGCCUGUGACUCCAGUUACUCCAGCCAAUGUGGUGCAGAGUUUACCUGAUCCUUGGGUAUCUCAGAUUGCUAAUACAGAUACCCUUGCUGCUGUUGCACAGAUUUUACAGAGUCCUCAAGGCCAACAGCUUCAGCAGUUGAUACAGACACUGCAGAUACAGCAGCAGAAACCUCAGCCUUCAUUACUUCAAGCCCUGGAUGCUGGUCUCGUCGUUCAGUUACAGGCCCUCACAGCACAACUUACAGCUGCAGCUGCUGCUGCUAACACGCUUAAUCCACUGGAACAGAGUGUCUCUUUUAAUAAGAAGCUGAUGGACAGGUUUGACUUUGGGGAAGAAUCUGAACAAAAUGAAGAGCCUAAAAAGGAAACUCCCACUUCCCAACUGCCUCUAGUACCAGAAUCUGUGAACAACUCACUUUUUCACCAGCUAGCUGAACAGCUACAGCAACAAAAUUUAGAACAUCUCAGACAACAGCUUCUGGAGCAACAGCAGCCUCAAAAGGCAAGCCCUGAGGAGAAUCAAGAAGGAAAUUUUGGUUCAGAGCACUCUGCAUCACCAUCACAAGGGAGCAGUCAGCAGCAGUUUUUAGAAGUGGAAACAAAUGUAGAUGAUUCAAUGGAUAUUCAACAACAGGACAUGGAUAUAGAUGAAGGACAAGAUGUUGCUGAAGAAGAGAUUUUUGAACAAGAAGAAAAGAAAUCAGCUGUUCGUUCAAGAUCAAGAACUCGUUCAAGAUCUCGUUCAAGGUCACCGAGAAAACGAAGGUCUAGAUCACGGUCUGGUUCUCGUAAGCGUAAACACAGAAAACGUUCACGCUCAAGAUCAAGGGAAAGGAAGAGAAAGUCAUCUCGGUCAUAUUCCAGUGAAAGAAGGGCUAGGGAAAGGGAAAAAGAACGUCAGAAAAAGGGAUUGCCUCCUAUUCGGUCAAAAACACUAAGUGUUUGCAGUACUACUCUUUGGGUAGGUCAAGUAGACAAGAAGGCUACGCAGCAAGACUUAACUAACUUGUUUGAAGAAUUCGGACAAAUAGAGUCAAUUAAUAUGAUUCCCCCAAGAGGUUGUGCUUAUGUCUGUAUGGUUCAUAGACAAGAUGCGUAUCGUGCUCUUCAGAAACUUAGUUCUGGGUCCUAUAAAAUUGGAUCUAAAAUUAUUAAGAUUGCCUGGGCUUUGAAUAAAGGUGUGAAAACAGAAUACAAGCAAUUCUGGGAUGUGGAUCUGGGAGUUUCAUAUAUUCCUUGGGAGAAAGUAAAAUUGGAUGAUUUGGAGGGCUUUGCUGAAGGUGGCAUGAUUGACCAGGAAACAGUAAAUACAGAAUGGGAAACAGCCAGAAGCUCAGAAGCUGCUAAAGAAAAUAUCCAAACUACGCAGAGUGCUGCAGUUGAUAAAAGUACAGUUAUUACAACGCAGACAGAAGCUUACACGCAACCAGUCACUAUGCUGCAGAUUCCAGUAGCUCCAGCUGUGCCUGCUGUUAGCUUGGUUCCACCUGCGUUUCCUGUCACAAUGUCUGUCCCUCCUCCUGGUUAUAGCGCCAUUCCUCCUCCACCCUUCUUGCGAGCGAGCUUCAACCCUUCACAGCCACCUCCAGGUUAUAUGCCUCCUCCAGUUCCACCUGUGGUCCCACCACCCGUUGUCCCACCACCCGUUGUCCCACCAGUUGUUCCAACACCUUUAGUACAACCUCCAUUACCAAUUGCACAAGAGACGAUGAAGGAUGUUCCUUUUACUAGCCUUGUUCUACCAGUUGGCACAGUUACUAGCAAUCUAGCUACUCCAACGUUGUCUGCUGGAAGUGUUUUUAAUCCUCUGCCAAUCAGCAAACCAGAAUCAGAUGAAAAGGGAUCACAUCUUGCAGACCUUCAGAUUUCUUCCAGUGAAAACAGUAGAUCUGUGCAGAGUGAUGUCUCAAGUAGCUCUGGACUUGUUGGAGGAGUGCAGCCACCCAGCGUCUCAAGCAGUUCUGGGCUUACUGGAGAAGGGCAACCACCCAAUGUCUCAAGUAGCUCUGGACUUGCAGGGGGAGUACAGCCACCCAGUGUUUCAAGCAGCUCUGGACUUGUAGGAGGAGUGCAACCACCAACUGUUUCAAGCAGUUCUGGUCUCGCAGGAGGAGUGCAGCUACCUACUGUCUCCAGUAGCUCUUCUCUUGCUGGCGGAGUUCAGCCAACCAGCGUCUCGAGUAGCCCUGGACUUAUGGCUGGAGUGCAACCACCAAGUGUCUCAAGUAGCUCAGGGCUUCUAGCUGGAGUGCAUCCACCCAGUGUCUCAAGCAGCCCUGGCCUUCUGACAGGAAUGCAGCCACCCAAUGUCUCAAGCAGCUCAGGAGUUCUGGCAGGAAUUCAGCCACCAAGUGUCUCAAGCAACUCUGGGCUUCUCAUAAUGCCACCACCCAACGUUUCAAGUAGUUCUGGACUUAUGGGAGUUCCACCACCAAAUAUUUCAAAUAGUUCCGGACUUCUGGCAAUGCAGCAUCCAGCUGGGGUUCAAAACAUGCCUCAUUUAAAUAUUAGUAGUCAAAGGAUGCCGGGAAUGCCUCUCAUAGAUAUCCGUCCAGGCUUAAUGCCCCAUUCGCCUGGACCAAGGUUUCCAUUAAUGCAGCCAGGAAUGCCACCGCAGCGUAGUAUUCCUCCACCAGCAAUCCUUGAUCCAUCUCUUCACCCACCACCUCGAGGUCCUUUUCCUCCAGGAGAUAUUUUUAAUCAACCAGAAAGACCUUUUGGAACACCAGGAAGACAAAAUAUUGAUAGCAUUUCUAAUCCAGAGAAAAGACUACCACUUGGAGGUGAUAAUAUUCAGCAGGAAGGAGACAGAGAUUAUCGCUUUCCUCCAGUGGAAAACCGAGAUAAUCUUAACAGACCAUCUCCAGUGGAUGUCAGAGAUUCUGUUGGACGACCACCAGUUGAUCCAAGAGAGGCUAUAGGAAGGCCUCCGGUAGAUGGAAGAGAACACUUUGCAAGACCACAUGUAGACAUGAGAGAAAAUUUUGGAAGACCAGGUAUAGAUAACCUUGGUCGAAGAGAGCAUUUUGGUUUCAAUUCAGACAAGCACUGGGGACAAAGAGGAGACUAUGAUGAAAGAGAGCACCAUGCCUUCCCUAUUUAUGGUGGCCCGAAAGGCUUCCAUGAAGACAGAGAGAGGUUUCGGCAUGUAAACUAUAGGUUUGAUAGUAGAAGUGGUCCCAAUUGGAACAGAGGAUUUGAACAAGAUGCUCACAGAGAUUUUGAUGACCGCAGAAGACCCUGGGAAAGACAGAGGGAUAGGGAUGACAGAGAUUUUAAUUUUUGCAGAGAAAUUAAUGGGAACAGGUUUGGAAGAGACAGAAUGUCAAACAACUGGAUCCCCCCUCCACAUCCACGGGUUUUUGAAUAUUUUGAUGGGGCCACUUCCCAACGCAAAGCCGAUAAUAUGCCCCAGGUAAACGGUGAAAAUACAGAGACAGAAAGUCAGCCACCAACUGCGCAGGUGCAGGACGAUCCAGAACUUUAUGAAAAACUGACAUCUUCCGUCGAGAUAAACAAAGAGAAGAGUGACACAGAAGCUGAUAUAGAAAGUGAACCAGUGGUAGAAAGCACAGAAACUGAGGGGACAUAAUCAUCACUCAGUAGGUAAAAGAUACCUUUUGUAAAGUUGUCAUCUCUCUGUAAUAGAUAAAUGGCUGACUGGACCGUAGCAGUUCACUUUUGUCUGCCAGAAUUAAGUUAAUCUGAUGUUCAUGUUCAUCUUUCACUUAAAUAACUGUACAACUGACUUGUAUAGAACACUGUUCUUAAUUUGAACAUGGUAGGUAAACUUUUUUUUUUUUAUUUCUCUGGUAAAGUAUAAACUUGCCCCCACUUGCUUUUAAUUUCACAAAGAUAAAAUAACAGCUUGUCAAACAAAGACUUCCUAUGGAAGAAAAUGGAAUUUUUUAGAUACUACCCUUAGGUUGGCUAUCGAAAUUGUUAUACUUGAAAACAGGUGCUGGUGUAUCUUGUCCGUGUUUUUAGGCUGCUGCAGAAUUUUAAAGUAUAGACAAAGCUGUGAUAUCUUAUGUUCCUACAAUUCGGCAGAAAAAGAAAUGGCCCAUGUUAUUUAAGGAGCAUAACACAGAGAUUAAAAGCGGUUUUGUAAAAUCUGCACUAUAGUCUCUGUUUUCUCUAAAAUAAGUGUUUGUGAUUUGUUCCUCGUACUGCAGUGGGUUUAAAAAAAUGAAAAAGUACAUUUUAAUGUUGGGUGCAUUUUGUUUUUAGAUGCCAAUAAAGCAUAUUUGUUUGAUAACAGUGUUCUAGGUAUUGUAUUUUUUUAAAAACCUGCAAGCUCUAAAAACUUGGAAUCAGCUAUGAUAUGUGCUUAGCUAGUUGUUGCAAAAGGUUUAUAUUACUUUUGUAAGACCAAUGCAACAGUUAUAUGUGCAAGAAGCAUAUGUUUUUUACGUCAAAAAUCAUGCAGUCGUAUUAGUUUAUGUAAAUAAUGUGUAUGUAAAUAUUUGUGUAAACUGUGUGUAGAUACCUCUUUUUCUGUGCGUGCCUGUGUAGGUGCACGCACUCACAGAAUAUUGUAGACAGGUCAAUAAAACUGAAAUGGAACUAGGUUGUAAAAAUUUGCCUUUCACCUUCUUUGGGUAGUAAGAUAACAAAACGUAUUUCAUUGCAAUACUGUCAAGCUUGUAUUUACCUUCUCAUGGUCAUUGUUACGAUGUUCUUACUACUUCUAGAAGGUGGAACAUGAUAUACUGUAAGAAUAUACAGUAGGAUUUUAGAUUACUUUUUAAAAUGCAGAUAUGCAUGAAGCCAAAACUUAAGCAAAUAUUUGCAUUGUCUUAUUUUGUAAUAUAUUUGGUAUUCUGGAUAGAUAGUGGUAGUGUUCAAGUACUUUGUGGUUAUUUGUUUUUAGUAACUCAAAGUCCAGAAAUGUUGCACGAAAAGUAAAAAGCUGUUGUUGGUCUGAAAACCCUAUGUGUUUUUAACACAAAUAAGGGGGGCUUUAUGGUUUGAUGGCUUAAUACUGAAGUAGAACCUCUUGUUAAAUUGUUGAGAUGAACUGGCCGCUUAGGUAAAUUAGUAGCACUGUUCUCUCCUGUGUCACCUACUUUGCUGCUUGUGUAUCCUUUAAAUUGGUGGUGAAAGAUUGGGCUAUAGGGUAGUGUCAGAUUUUCGAUUUGUUCCACUCAAGUGCAUUUCACUGACUUCUUUCAACAUAACUUCUGCUAAAAUUCUGUGUCUGAAAGCAUCCUUUCACUCAGUUUUGAGAAAGUUGUUUUUCUCUUGCAUAAUAGGAUCCAAGGGUAGAUUCUGUUACGUGAAUGCCCCUUUGGUAGAAGAACCAUUUUUAGCUCAGAUUAGAAUUUUGAUCUUUAACAUUAACGGGUUAACAUGCAAGUUUUAAUUCCCCUGCUGCUUCCCCCAAAAGGGAUGAAAGUAUGAGACUGUCACGUGAGUGUAGAGCAUAAGCAUGCCUUUGAACAUAGAAGCAAGUUACGCAUGUGUGUGUUGCCCUCUCCUCUGGGAGGUGGGGUAUUUUUUCAUGCUGUGUCAUGGUCCAGUUUUUCAAUUACAGGGACUUUUAUUCUGCAUAGUAAAGAAACUGUCAGCUUAAUGAAGGUGGCCCUUUGAAAGAGUGAACUUGAAUGAAUGAUUCUUUAUCUACUGUGCAGGUAGUAGUCAUUAGGAUGUAGUGAGGUAUGCAUUAAAUAACUAUUGCUUUGUAAUAGAUCUUGCUGAUGUGUUAUUACCAGAACGUGUCUCGGGAGUUGAGAUGAACAAUGUUUAAGGUAAAAGUACCUUCAUGGGCAGACUCUGGCUAAAAGAACUUGACUGAUGCUGCUGCACCACCUACUAGUAGUAUUCUGGUCGGGCGGAUAUGGUUGUGUGAAAGUCCAAACGCACAAGCUAUAAGGAUACUUCAUGAACUUAAGGGAUUUUCUUUAUUUAAUUUUAAUAUGUGCAGCCUGAAAAGGUUUCAGUCAUAGACCAUGUAACUACUCAGAAUCGAACACAUAUUCGCAGUAGCUUUAAAGCAUUUCAUUAAAUGCCUCGUUAAAACUGAAAGUUAAUCUGUUUUUCUAAACUGGGACUGGUAGUAUGCUAAAUUGCUCAUAGUAUGAUGGUUUAGGUAAAUUACCAGGUGAGAGAUGUUAAAGAAUUUGGUUGAUAUAAAGCAAUGUAUAAUUUAAUAAUUUUUCAUCUUUGUUAAUAUCUUUCAAGCAUUAAUAAAUUGGCUACUGUACAUAUGUGUUAUACCAUCAAUUUCUAACAACUUUAUUUUUUUGUAGAAUAAAAGUUUGUUAUACAGUCUUCAGUUGCAUCAUGUUUACAGCUAGAACUGGUCCAUUUCUUAUUUUAUUAAUGUAGCAUGCAGACAAAUAUUACCAAAAUAGCCAUAUUCAGAAACUCAGAAGGGACUUAAUGUUACCAAAACGGUAUGGUUUCUUUAUCUUGCCAGUAAGAAUUUUUCAAUCUUUCAGAGUUUGUGCGAAGACUUUCCUUUCUAGAUUAAGCCAUCAUAAGCCAACACAUGCACUGAAAGGAGCUGUGCUGAGAUCCAGACCAGUUCUUUAAUGUGGUUCACGGUAGUGACAGGUAAUUUUUGCUGAUGCAAAGGAAAGAGUGAGAAAGAAGACAGAGGCCAGACAUUUAGGCAGCAAUUCUGGCUUAUGCCUAUUUAAAGCUUACUGUAGUGAUGAAAGGUGUCAGUUCUAGCAACCGAAGAAGCUGAUCUACUGUUUAUUUGAGGUAGCUUUGCAGGCAACACAGUAUAUUUAGGUAUGCGCAUUUACUUGAAAACUUUAUGCAUUAAUAAGUUGUUUAAUGUAUUUAUUACCUUUUUAAAACAGCCUGUGAUUCUGAUCUUUCACUAUGCUGUAUUUGAGCAGAAUGCUACAUCCGUAAAGAUUACAAAGAUGAAACAUAGCCUUAAUUUGCUAUAAAGGCGUGAUUUCUUGGCUGAAGCCUUUUUCAUUGAAACAGUGUUACGCUUUCAUUUUUAUAUGUAGUGCUUCACAUUGUUUUUACAAACUCAAGGGAAUAGAUUCUGUUAGAUUCUUUUGCUUCAGUAGAGUACUCUACCAUUCUUCAAGCCAUUUCAGUGAUUUAAAUGGCUUUAUUUAUGAAGUUACAGUACUCUUACCCUGAAUAAAGCAAGAUGGGAAUACUGUAAUGAAGCCUGUAGUGUGGCAUUCACAGGCAUUACUUAAGCACAGUUGCAAAAUUAUCAAUUAAACUGUCUAUAAAGGUAUUUAUAAAGUAAGCCUAUUUAUUGCAGAAUUACCUCAAAAUACAGUGUCAGCAGUUCUGAACAUGUGCAAGGAUACGUUAUGCCGGUCAGCACUUAAAGUAUUCAUUUUCUUGAUUCAUGUUCUCUAACUCAAAUCUUUGGGUCACUUGAUUUGAAACUGGUAAAAAUGGAUCCCAAAUUUCAUUCUUUGUAUUUUCAGUAAUGUAUUUAAAAAUAACAUAACAAAGGGGAUUUUUAUUUUUUUCAUCUCUUGAUAAUGGGCACUGAACACAAAAUUUUAAAACCUAUUCAGAAUAUCAGGAGUCAUCAAGAGUAACUAGGACUAUUUUUUGGUUUUGUUAAUUCAGGUAAUGAAAGGAUCUUUCUUUCCCUGUUGAUAUCUAUUGCUGAUUCUUUGAAUUUUAUAUUAGUCACAUUUUGUUUCAAGUGCUGAGCUUUCACAAGUAAGCAUGUACUGUGAAGCCAUCUACUUGUGGAGAUGAGAGAUUGAUUUAAAAGGCAUAAACGCAGGAUAUUCUUUAAUUGGAAGCUGUUUAUUUGAACAAGAAUGGCAAAAGCAUCUCUGCCAUGUUGCUUUACUAUAUUGAUUCACAUCAGUAGAAACUUUGCAGUAGCAAAGAAAAUAUCAUAUUGCAAGACUUUCUUAAUUGUAACUAGUCUUGUAUUUCUCCUUGAAGGGUCAUCUUAGUGAUGUUAUUCAUUCCAUUUAGUCUGUACAAGUUCUUUGGGUACUCAAUAAAAAAUUUGAAUUUUAUUAACGUAGGUACAUGAUAUUUCAUAGCCAAGAAGAGUCAGGUAGAGCUACUAAAAAGAAAAUCCAUGAUGUGUCUUUAAGAAUAAUAACUUCCAGCAAAGGUGUAUAGGAUCUGCAAAGUGAUUCUUGUCAGUGAUGGGAUGGUUGGAAAAUCCCUUAAUAGGGUUUUUAUUGAAGUUGAUAAGCUGCAAAAUUUUAUUGCCAUAAUUUUUGUAUUCCUUUCUAUCUUGCACAAACUUGAUGAAAAAGGGUAGUCUCAUUGAACGUCCUACUCUUAGUAUCUUUUAGAUGCUCUGCUACCAAAGAUGAGAAGAGGGGAAGGACUAGUGGUGUGUGCACUCUUAAUUAAAACAAGAGGUUGUUAAGAUAUGGUUGUCCAGUUGAAGGUAUUUUCUCAAGAAGUUUAGAAUGCACAUUUCAGCGCUUGCAUAGUAACCGUGAUAUUAGUGGUAUCACUGGUUUACUAAUCUUAUUCUGUACUUUGUCGUUUUUCUUUUAAAGUUAACUCGCUAAUGGUAAUUUCAAAUUUUCACUUUUUCCUAUCAGAUGAAAUCAUACUAAUGCCCUCAGACAGGGGACUAUUUUGUGCUUUGCAAAAAAAAGUAAAUCUGGUCAGAGAGUAUUUUAACUUAUAGAUGGAUAAGUUGAACAUUUUUUUCUUUUCUGAUUUAAUGCUUUAAUGCUGCAGUUUUCUUCUUGCAUGAUUUUCUCUAUGCAUGUCUGUGUUAUAACAGAUAUGUGUUCGCAUUAGCACGUAUCAAGCUUUCCGUUGAAAUGCAGAAAAAUGAUGAGAUUCUUUAAAGUAGGUGACUUGACAUGCUUCUAAAACUAGGGUAAACCUCACAGGCGCAUUGCUUUGUAUACUGGAGCAUUAUAAUUGUGUUGGAACGUUAUAAUUGUGUGCAGGCCAGUGCAAAAAAGCCUUAAUAGGUGAAGAGUAUUAAAUGGAUAUAGAAUUGUUAACUCAGUUGUAGAUUGAUAGGAUUCACAUAGACCAUAGAUGCAGGGACUUUGAAUCUGAAUGUCACUUCCACACUAAAGGAGAGAUCAUAUUAUAAUUACAUCUGGGAAAAUAAGAAAUAUAGCUUUUUCUUGAUAAGAGCAGGAAUUAAGUAGAAAUAACCUUAAUGUUUAAAGUCCUUUCUAAAAAUCCAUCUGCCUUCAUCUAGUCAAAGGGAAGCUUUAUCAUUGUCACUUUAGUUGAUCAAGGGAAAAAAUCACUUUAGAUUUAUGCUGUUUCUGAGGUAAUCAGAUCUCAUUCAGCAAUGCAGUGAAAUGCAGUUUUAAGUGUGCCUUAAGUUUUUUCCUCUGAAAAGGAGUGUAUAUUUAUUUCAAACUUUAGACAAAUAUGUGGACAAAAUCAAUACAUUUUUGUCUGUAGAAUUUGAAAUAUACUUUUGGGUUCAGUGAUUUUCUUCAAGAAAAUCUUUGUCAUUUCAGUAGUGUAUAUAGAUAAAUACCAAAUGGACCCUCAACUUCUAAAGUCAUACAAGUCUGUCCAGUUAAUUUUUCAUUUAUUCUAACAUAUUUGCAAUACAUUAUUUUGUCAAAUAGUGCCAUCACAGAAUUCCUCUUACCACAAAUUAGAAAUACCUUUGAAUUAUGUAAUUCAGUUGCAUAAUUGAGUUAUUUAAAUCUAGGACGAUCAUAAGACUUUCUCUUGAAAUUCAUGGAUUUCUGGUACAGUAUGACUACCGAUAUAGGUAAUUCACUAUUGAGAACCUAAUUGUUCAAGCUAUCUGUGAUUAGAAGUAAAAUACUGAAAACAAAUGGAAAUGCUUGCUGAUUAAUUUGGGGUUUUUUUAUUUAUUAAAAGCAAAAUAAUGGCAUAUUCUCAAAUUCCAUGUCGAUUAAAAAAUUCACCAUAUUAAAAAUAUGACCAUGAUGAGCUGUAGUUCUAUGAAUUGAGAAAAUGAGGCACCCGUUGUUUUUAUUAGAAUGUAAAAUCUUGAAGUGAUUAGGAUAAAUGUGUUAGUUAUACAAAAUAUUGAAAUGUAGUCUUUCCACUUUCUGCACAUACUGCCCGCAGUUUCUGUGUGUAUACUUUAUAUGUGCUUUACACCUGCAGUCCUCAUGGCAUGAUCAGAACCACUAUGGAAAACAGGACAGUGGCAUGAAAUGGCAAAUUCUAGCAGACACCAGAAAUGCUGCAUGGAUUGGAUCUCUCUGUAAACCGGUGGACAGAUAAUGUUGUUUCAGAGGCAAUAGCUUCUUAGCCUAGUUUGGAAUUGGGUAAAACCUCAGUUACAAAGCAUGAAUAAAGCUUUCUUUUUUUUAGAUUUAAUAAAAGUUAAUGCACACGUUCUAAUUAAAUAUUCCGUAAUAACAAGCAAGCAUCCGAAGAUUUUAAGUAGUCCUGAGCAUUUUUUUAAUGUUGCUUGAACCUUAAUUAAAAACAAACAAACAAAAAAGUAGUAGAUACUGCAGAACCCAGGUAAAAGCAUGAAAAAGAACUGUCUCAUUUGCAAGGAAUGUGCAGAACUGAGAUGGUGUAAAAUCCAAGAUUCUUUUGUUCUUUGUUCGUGUGAUCUCUCGGUCCAAACGCGGACCUUCUUCAGGGUUCCACUCUGAACACUGAUUAGAGGAUAUUCUGAAUAAAGCAUGUGUAUUUUGUCUAAUAUACAGUACAUUGUAUGUAUUACAUUACUGUAAUACAGACACAGGCAGCUAGGGAGAAGUUGGGAGUGAUGUUGACUGGGGCAAAACCAUCAGAGAAACCAGAAGAGGAGAUUACUGAAUUGUGUGAACUGCCAAUCUGAAACAUCACUGUUGAGGAAUGUCUGCUUAGUACAGAGAUAAUUACUGAUCACUUUUAAGUACCUCAUUAGUUAAAAGGGUGCAUUUCACAUUACUUUCCCAGUUUGGAAAGUCCUAGUUACAGUAUCAUUUGCUUUCUGCUAUCUGUAGAAAAUACAGUUUUCUUGAUGAAAAUUAUUACAUUACCUUUCAAGUUAUUUCUAGAGACUUUAAAAUAAUGCUGCUUCAGUUUUAGUACUUAACCAGUAUGUGACAUACUGCCUCGCUUGUUUACCAGUGGGACAUUGCUAUUGGCUUCUUUGGAUCCAGAAUUUCAAACACUUUUUCUUGUGUGUCUCAGUUUCUUCUUCAGCGGCCUUUAGAAAAGCAGGUGGUAGAAGAUUAUCUGCUUCUAGUUUAAUUGAUUUUUCUACUGCUUUUAAGCCCAAAGACUUCCAGGGGACAGGUUUUUUUUUUCUUUUCUUUCAAAUCCUGUUCCCCUGUGUAAGUAUUUAUGAGCAGGCAGCCCUAAGAAAGAUUGUUUUGAGAUUCUGAGAGUAUGGUGGAAUAGGUUGUACAGAAUGUCUGAAAAAAAUUGCAAGCGCUAUGCUUGUCUAGCCCUGUGCUAGGAAAUGCAUAGAGUGAAAGAAAGUGAGCAAAUUAAAGCUAGUUAAAUGCAUUGGUCUUAUCUUCUGGCUCUCCCAAAGUGAUCAUGCUUUCUAAGGAGAUCUUUUCAUUGCAGCAUGUAGAGCAGCCCUGUAAUAGAUGGUCACUGUUCUUUGUUUAGAAUCCAUUAUGUCCUUUAGUUCUCUCUUCCCUGUCUGCUAACUGCUUUUUUGAAAGGUUGUGUUUUAUUUAAGUAGCAUUUUUUUUCUUCAAAUGAUUUAAAGAAAAAUGAAUGCACUAGGUUAAUAAAGUUUUCUUACUUCAUUUUAGAAUGCGCUGCCUAACUCUCCUCAAUAAAUUUCCUUCUCCAAUGAAAAA